GGCUGCAGUCGCUUGCGGUCGAGCGCAAGGAACUGCUUAUCUGCCGAGGCAUUGUUUUCAUCCGCUGGCCGGCCGCGUUGCGACAAGGUGUAGACGGCGCCACGGGGCCACGGUUCCGGAUUCGGCAAGGUGUGCGGCCGGAGUGACCACGCGCGCUUCUUGUGCGAGGAGUGAUAAUCGACGUCAGUACUCGCGAGUGGAUACAGGGUUACGUGGAUGACAGCGCACGCCAGGGUGGACAUUCUACUCUGCAGCCAUGAACAGCGUUACUAACGAUGUGGCGGUAAUUCGGUCUAUGCCCCAAUUCAGACAAGAUCGGCGCAGCGCUGGGAAGUCCCUACAGGGCGAUCUGAGGCUGAAUGACGUCACCACGCCAGAUCGGCGCAGUGCUGGGAAGUCCCUACAGGGCGACAUGAGGAAGAGUGACGUUCCCUCACCAGACAGUCGACACGCGUACCCGCCGGACGUGACGGUGUCUCGCCAGAUGAGCGGCGACUUCUUCGAGGGUGCCGACGAGCUGCUGAAGGCGCUGGGGGCCGGCGACGCGGCCGCCGUGGGCGCCAUCUUGGACAGCCACCCGCACCUCGCCACGGCGCGCAUGGGGCCCGUCCGCAUCACUGCGCUGCAGGUGGCGGCGUCGCUGCCGGAUGCGGGUGAGUCCCUGGCUGUGACGCAGGCGGUGCUGCGGCGCUGCCCUCUGGUGUCCGGGGAGGACCGCCUGGGACGCGGCGCGCUCUAUCACGCGGCAGCGCGUGGCCACCUGGAGGUGGUGCGGCUGCUGCUGACGGCGGGCGCCAGCCCCAACGCCGCCGCCGGCAUGCACGGCUCCACCACCGACCUGCUCGACGGCAUCUCCACCCUCGACACCAACAUGCAACUCGUCAACGAGAAGCUGUGCGACGUGGAGUGCCUGGGCCGGACGCCUCUGCACCAGGCUGCCAAGGCGGGCCACGACGCCGUGGUGGCGCUGCUGCUGCAGGCGGGGGCGCAGCCGGACGCCAGCGACGUGGCGGGCGUGACGCCGCUGCUGCUCGCGGGCGCCGGCGUCGCCGCCAAAGACCGCGCUGCCGUCGCCAGGUACGAGAAGGUGGUGGAGCACCUGGUGCGCGGUGGCGCCAACGUGAAGCAGCGUAACCCGGCGACGGGCAUGACGGCGCUGCACCACGCGACGCUGCUGUGCUCAGAGCGCGCCACCGCCGAGCUGCUGCAGGCGGGGGCCGUGGCUGGCGCCGGGGGCGGCUGCGGCGGCGAGACGGCACUCCACACGGCCGCCAGCGCCGGCUGCCUCCGAGUCGUCCGCUUGCUGCUCGACAAGGGCGGCGCGCCGCUCGUCAACUCCCCGGACCAGGUGGGGUGCACGCCGCUGCACAAGGCGGCCUACACGGGCUCCCGCUGCUGCCUCUCGCUGCUGCUGCAGAGGGGCGGCAACCUGGCGGCGCAGACGGCGGCCGGCUUCACCGUCGUCGACCUCAUCUUCUCCUACGUGCCGCGGCCGCUCAACUUCCUCACGAGGGUCCUCGAUUCUGGCGUCAGCUCCAACUCAGCUUCCGUCAACGACAGGGACUUCAGGAUCCGCGUGGACUUCUCGGUGCUGAUGCCGGAGGCUGCGGAACUGCAGAUGGACGUAACGAGCGCCGUCAUGUCCGGCUCCAGCGACCUACACCAGAUGACGCUGUUCCAGCACCCACUGCUGGAGCUGUUCGUGCGCUCCAAGUGGCGCCGUCUGCGCCUCUUUUUCGUCGCCAUCGUCGCCCUGCAGGUGUGCCUCGUCGUCUCGCUCUCCUGGUUCAUCGUCCUCCGCAGGGAGACUUUUGCCUCUCGGCUACCGGAGAACAGCGUGGAGCGCGCGCUGCGGCGCGUGGCGCUGGUCUCGUCGGUGACGCUGCUGCUGCACGGGCUGGCGCAGGUGGGCAUGUACCCGAAGCACUACCUGCGCGAGAGCGAGACCUGGCUCAACCUGGGCUGCAGCUCGCUGGUGCUGCUGGUGGCGGCGGCCGGCGAGGUCGGCCAGCCGGCGGACAUGGCCGUCUCCACGCGCCACCAGCUCAUCGUGCACGCCGCCGCGCUCGCCGUCCUCGCCGCCUGGGCCGACCUCAUGAUGCUCGUCAGCCGCUUCUCCGUCUGGGGCUACUACGCGCUCAUGUUCAACGCCGUGCUCCUCAACGUCACCAAGGUGCUGUUCGUGUUUAUGUUUCUAAUCUUCGGCUUCGCGCUGAGCUUCUCGAUCAUCUUCUACCGGAGCCCGUACUUCGGCAACCCGUGGAAGGCGCUGCUGAAGACGACGGUGAUGAUGACGGGGGAGUUCGAAUACGACGACAUGUUCGACGACAAGCAGAAGAAGGAGGGCGACGAGUGGUCGCGGCUGGAGGUGACGGGCCGCGUCGUCUUCCUGCUCUUCAUCCUGCUCGCCUCCAUCGUCCUCAUGAACCUCAUGGUGGGCCUCGCAGUCAGCGACAUACAGGAGCUGCAGACUGUGGGCCACGUCCGGAAGCUGCUGAAGCAGGCCGAGUUCGUGGUGCACCUGGAGAAGCUGACCCAGCGGAUCACCGUGUGCCGGGAGCGGCUGCGCAUGUCGAGCUUCGUGCGCAUCGACCCAACUUUCACGACACAACCCGUCCUGGGCAGCACGUCAUCGCUCUCCACCAGGGUGCUCGAGUCACUGGUCGGCCUGGCCCUCAGGAACCGCCGUCGUGCCUCUGGGUACCACCGGGGACUGACGCAGCAGCGGAUCGAGGACAGUGAGGACGAGAUAACCGAUGCAGAGGAGGAGGUGCUGCCCACGCCUGCGGCCAGUGCUGCUGGGGCGGGGGCGGGGGCGGCGCCAGCCUGCGGGGACGGCGGGGGUGGAGAGCAGCAGCAGGUGCUGGCGCUGCUGGUGGCGCUGCGGCGCGACGUCGCCGAGCUGCGGGCGCGCCUCGAGGGCGACGCGGAGUGCCUGGAGGCGGCCGAGGACAUGGCGCUGGGCCACGACCCGCUCGGCCACCUGGCGUCGGCGCCGGCGGACGCGCGCCGCUCCGUGCAGAGGGCCUCGACCGCGCCCGUGCUGGACCUGGGCCGCUUCAGCGUGCCCAACGUGCUGCUGGCGCCGCCCGUCCGCCACCGCUACUCCGACGGCCAGGACGCGCAGGGCAUUCUAAGGAGGUUGAGGCGGUCUGCUCGGAUCACGCAUCAUCCGUCCAUGAGGGUAUAGGCUGCACGAGAACGGCAGAACGGCAGGUCAUCUUUUCAGCCUGUUGGGACUCGACCAUGACGGCUCAAACAUUCAUCGACAGCGCUUCCAAGGAAGCAUGCAUCACAUCCUGGUGUUGUUGUUUGUUGAUUGUUGAGAAUAGUCCUAAAAUUAUGAGUCAGCCGAGAGGAAAACCUUUGAAUAAAUAUGAAAGGCAGAGAAAAGUGAAUUAGGUUUUUAAAAUAGAUAGCUAUUAGUUAUGUUUUGUUUGGCGUUUGAAAGAGUUUGUGCGUCAGGAUAGUUUUUACAAUCUUGCGAUAGCAAGUGUGAACACUCGAGACGUUACGCCAGAAUAUAUUAGUAUGCAGCUUUGUAAAUAAACGUACAGGAAUGUGUAGCCAUGUUUACGCACAUGAGAUUGAAAGUAAUAUAUGGACUGCAGUAUCAAUGUA